UGGGCGUGCGUAGCAGUGAGGACGUUCAAUUCCUCUCGAUGAUGUACACGUUUUUGUGAAAUGUACACAAAAUCGUAGCUUGGUGAAAUUGACAUAUAGAAAUUGACAAGUGUCAAUUUCAAUCUGAAAUGGAUCAAACAUCGGAUCGUAUUUUCAAAGAAGGGAAUCUGUCUCCGGUAGUGUACAGUUUCGCGCAGAUGAAGGGCGUGACGUCGACGACACUUGUAGAUUUUUCAUGUCGAUUUACAUGGAGUGUAACGGAUUUCAAAGAAAACGACAAGGACCAAAACAUGUCAAUUUCAUCCCACCCGGAACCGAGAUAUAUUUCAUCUCAGCGUCAUACUCCUUCAAGGGAUUCUUUCAGCCACCUUCACAACCAGCCGCUCUGCCAUAACAGUCAAGCCUACCCAUGUCAAGCUGCGUCGAGCCAAAUGUCAAGCCCAUUGUCAACAACGAUGUCAGGCCCACUGUCAAGCCCACUGUCCCACCCUCUUUCACUUCCGCUUCCGCAUAUGCGAAUUCCUAACUACAAUCAGUGUGCAUACCCUUGCGGACAAGUGACCCCCAAAACAUUUUCUCCGGUCCUUAUCUACCAGCGGCCUUCUUUGCCACUGGACGUAAGAUUCAAAGAUGCCGAAGUUAAGGAGACCCCAAAUUCCGCCUUUGAAAGAGACCGGUUUAGGUUUGGAUUACAGGGACUUGAAUGCAAACGAGGUAGGUGUGAAAACGUUAAGGCAAAUGAUUGUACAAGAAACUGUUUCGGAUUGACUUCGGAUGGGUACCAAAACUCUCUUAGCCCCGAAUUCAAGAGAUCUGGGCUCGUUGCCCCGUAUCAGCCCGCUGUUCAAAACCAAUGGCUUCCUCGGGCAAGAGAUGGGACAGAAAGUGAAGUUUUUAAAUUACCUUACGGGGAUAAUAGUACAACGAGCGCAUUUCAAGCAUGGAGACCACAUGAGCCGAAGAGGAAUUCCAGUUUUCCUUAUAUUCCAGAGUAUAAGCCGAGCUGCCAACAAGCUCCGAACACUGAUAGUGCAAAGUUGAAAUUCUUUCUGGACACGAAAUACGGACUUACUGACGGUUCCGAGUUCCCUGUAGCAAUGGACCCGGAAAUGGGACUAAAACCGGAGUUUUCAUCAGGAUUCCCAUCGGAUUAUCCGUUCGAGACACCAUUUUCUGACCCCUUCCUGGAGAUGCUCAAUGACCCCCUGCUGACCCCGUCUUCGGAGGAGGGCGAAGAUCGGAGGGGUAGAAAGUAUAAGUGCCCCUACUGCAGCGUGUCCUGCGCCAACAACGGUCAGCUGAAGGGCCAUCUACGGGUUCACACAGGUGAGAAGCCAUUUCACUGUGACUUCGUGGACUGUGGCCGAGCAUUCGCCAGGAACGAAGAACUGACCCGUCACCGCCGAAUCCACUCCGGACUCCGUCCUCACACGUGCAGCACGUGCGGCAAAAAGUUUGGAAGAAAGGAUCAUCUAAAUAAGCACCAGAAGACGCAUCUGAAGACGGCGGAGAAGAAGGUGCAUAUGUGUAACGUGCCCGGAUGUGAACAGAGGUACACGCGAUCAGACGCACUCGCUCGCCAUCAGUGGGGAGCACACGGAAUCAAAUCAAAGUCACCAAAAUGGCGGACACAAGUCAGAGACAAUAAACAAACAUGUGUUUAGAGCGCAGGGUCCCGAUCCACAAAGCAUUCGUAACGUUACGAGCUCUCGUAAGUCUAUAUUAUAUCAUUUGCUUACGAAUGACGAACGCUUUGUGGACAGGGUCCCAGAAUAACUUAUUAAAGAAUGAUUCUGUAA